CUUAUCAGAUGCGGUCCAUGGCCAUUUUCAGCAAAAACAUCGUGUCUUCUGUGUUCUGGACUUCUUUGUCCAUCCAAAAUGCCAGCGGCAAGGCAAUGGCAAAAAGAUGUUUGAAUUUAUGCUCAAGUGUGAGGAUGUAGAACCAUAUCAGCUGGCUCUGGACAGGCCGAGCAGCAAAUUCCAGGCGUUCAUGGCUAAGCACUACAACCUAACCAAUCCUAUCUUCCAGUCGAACUACUUUGUUAUCUUCAAGGAAUUCUUCGGAGUCUCAGGCGCCAAGGCCGAUGUACAACCGGGAUCUGAUCCAUCUCGUGGAAAGGACAAAGCCGCACCUGCAGAAGAGCAAGGCGCUCCAGACGCACGUCGAUCUACUUUGCGGAGUAUGAUCGCCGACGCUGACAAGAACCCAGCAAAGGCUGACGAAUCUCAGAGGGGUGACACGAAUCAAUGUGGAGUAUUGAGACCUCCGCGUCGGCCAGGGCAAGCUCCUGCCAGAUUUGGAACCAUCUUGAAGCCACUCGGUCUCAGAACAUCUGUCAGUGCACAGGAUGCUGACUUUGGUCUGCUUGAAGCGGGCACUGCUGGUGACUCCACGCUGCGCAGAAAACAGGAACAAGCUAUCGGCGGCACAAGCACCAAGAGUCAGCAAGCUGGUGACCUGGGCAGUCACUCUGCACCGCCACCGCCUGGCACACUCAGGGAUCGACCAAGAUACCCCAAUGAUACCGCAGGCAGCCACGGACCCCACCGAGAACACCCGGUGCAUAGAACACCACUGCUUCCACCUCUGAAGGGAAAGGAACGUCGCGGACCCAACAUUGAUCAGAGGCUUGGUGACCGCGAGGAGGAUCAGACCUCUAGUUUAUCACUUGCCAUGCAACCACCAGAGUUGAGGCGCAGUGCACCUGGUAAGCUGCCUCCUGUGUCUCAUCAAAACGAUCAUGUGUCCGACCCUGUCCUUCACUCACGGCUUCUAAUGGGCCGGCAAGGCCAUCUUCCAUCGUCCAGUGCUGCCGAACUGCCUCAUCGCUAUACCGGCACUGCCAGCAAGUGGGACGAGUCUCUUAUAUCGGCCAUGAGUCGUGGACGGACGCUCAAUGUACGUCGUUGAUCAUCCUCGGGUCACCCCCCCCCCCUUGGAUAUGGAACUUGCAGCGGCAUCCUGAGCAGUUGAAGCCCUCUCGUUGUGCGUGCGUGUCUGUGUGUGUAACAUAAUCGUGUCAGUAUGGAUGCUGCAGUCAAGCAUUCCCUGGUCGCUUGCUCUAGUGCAGUUCUGGUGUCAGACUUAGAUUCCAACCUUCAUUCACAUCAUCUCUUUUGAAUGUACGUUCUUCGCAGUAGCACUAUGAAAAUAUCUAGUAUGUUCCGUCCUUUUUUUGGUUUCAUUGAUGCUAUUCAUUGCAGUGCAAUGAUACAUGUUAACAGUUCA